GGCCCAAGAUGAAUUUGCAGCUCUGGCCCAGGGGAGACUCCAGAGAAUGAAGAGCCGGGAAGAACCAGAAGGCAAUCAAAAUGCCGAGCCGGAGCCUGAAGAAGAUUUGGAUGAUGAUCCUGUCCCAGGUCCUCAGAAGAAGCUGCCUCGGGUGACAAAUAAACCUGGCAUGAUGCAAACGCUUGAUGAAGCGGGAGAGAUUGUACAGGAUAUCUACAACUUCAUGCUUGAGGAGUUGAUGGACAUCGUGGCAAGCAAAAAGCAAAGGACCAAGGCUGAAGAGAAGGGAAAGGGAGAUGAGGAUGAAGAAGCGGAGCCCAUGGAUCCAGACGAUCCAAACGAGGACGCCUCAUCCAACAAGACCGUGAACAAAUCCCAAUCGAUCAACUUGCAUACGAAGUGCAUGAUUGUCGAGUAUGCCUUGGAUGCGCAAGAGAAAGGUGAAGUUGCCUCAGUGGAGAAGCACGUAAUGGAGAAAUUCAAGAAGUAUUUCUAUUCCGUGGAGAAGAACCGCUUCAAGACCGGUUUGUUGUCAAAAUGGGUGGA